GCUGCAUUCAUUAAGUCCGUAAUUAGUUGCUUAGCUCUGCAAAUAAAGAAUAAAGGGUCACAGCUUUUUCCUUCAAUAAUGGCAGCAUUCUUGCUCUUCCAGAUGCUCCAACAUAGGCAACGAGUUAAUAAAGAAUCAGAAGAUUACUGACCUCUAUAUGAAAUAAUAUCCUGUCACAAAUUAGAGAAAGAAGUUAAACCCAUGCCAUUGGGAGAAUAGCUUAAAUUGGAAGCUAGGCAGGUAGCCCUAGAAUGAUCACGGAAAAACAAGAGAUGCUAUAUGGACUCCUCCUCCCUGAUACAAAUAGGACAGAUGGGUUAAAAAACCAAGCUCCCUGCUGAAAAGAUUAACUUUAGUAGCAACGAAGCUGCGAAAUAAUUUAAGUUUAGGAGAGAGGUUAGAGUGCCAAUCAGAUCUCCAAAGACUAGAAUCCAUUGUAGCAGUUGAAGGAGACUGGGCAGGUGAUAUUCUGUCAUUCCUAUCACACAAGAGGUCGCAUAAGCUUAUGGGCAUCAAUAUUCACGCAGGUAUUUUUACCACCUGAUGGUAAUUGGCAACUUGUUUAGUUUUUAUUGAACCACGAUAACUUGCCACGUCAUUAACUGAGCCAGGUGGCACCUUGUGGUUUGGUUUGUUCCACGGGUGAAAGUGGCCGGCAAGUCAUGGAAAUUGGAUUUCGGGUCAAGUAACAUGGACAUGGAGUUGGGAAUAUAUUUGACCCAAUAGCUGAGGCGAUUGAAUGAGAAAGCCAGUUGGAAUUGGAACAGCUUCGUCUUCAUCUUCAUCGUCUGAUGCUACCAAAAAGUAAUUAUAUAAAAGAACAGUAGAUAACAAUGGAAAGUUAGGUAUAAGAUAGUAGAGGAAGUAAAGUCAUCCCAAAAACCCAAAACCCAGUUUUGGCCAAUUCAUUUCUUAAACUUCCCUAUUAAAACCAUCAUUUAUUUGUUUAGUGAAGCACAGCCCUAUAUCUUUCAAUUUGUACCCUUUCUGACGCUAUUGAUAUCUUGAGCUUACAUAUGGAUUCUCAAGUGGUGGUAGCACUUGCUCUUUCUCUUGUUGGUGGAUUAAGCACUUCUAUAGGUGCACUUUUUGUAAUUCUUAAUCAGGCUCCCAACUUAAAGAUGCUUGGCCUUUUACAGGGCUUUGCUGCAGGGCUAAUGUUGAGUAUAUCAUUCCUAGAUCUGGCUCAUAAUGCUAUGAACUCAAUUGGCUUCUUGAAAGGAAACCUUUGGUUUUUUGGAGGUGUUCUGUUCUUUGCUAUUGUUGCAAGGUUUAUCCCAGAGCCAACCCUUAUCCCGGGUUCAGAUGUUAAAAGUAAAAAGAAAAAUGGGGAUGAAGGAGGAAAGGACAUCAUGAAAAAGCAUCGUCGCCAAGUUAUGUUCAGUGGGAUUGUUACUGCCAUAGGCAUAAGCUUGCAUAAUUUUCCAGAGGGAAUGGCAGUGUUCCUUGGGUCAAUUAAGGGACUACGUGUUGGUCUUAAUUUGGCUUUGGCCAUUGCCUUGCACAACAUUCCAGAGGGGGUUGCUGUUGCACUGCCUGUUUAUUUUGCAACAGAAAGCAAGUGGCAAGCUUUUAAAUUAGCAACUCUGUCUGGUCUUGCCGAACCACUUGGUGUUGUGCUUGUAGCAUAUCUAUUCCCAAGCAGCUUAAGUCCUGAAAUCCUCGAGGGCCUGCUGGGAUCAGUUGGUGGUGUGAUGGCUUUCCUGACCUUGCAUGAGAUGCUGCCAUUGGCUUUUGAUUAUGCGGGGCAGAAGCAGGCUGUUAAGGCUGUAUUCCUUGGCAUGGCAUUCAUGUCCGCAAGCCUUUACUUUCUUGAAAUCAGCUUACCAGAGGAUAUAAGUUUGUAGCCAUGGAUCAACCACAAUGUUGUACAUUCCAAAACCAUAGUACUUAACAAGGGGCCGCUCUCGUUAUACAGAAGCGAAAUCUUGUAAUUUGAUCUCCUUCGCAAGGUCCAUAAGGCAGGGGUAUCCUAAAGGGUAAAGUAUGAUUGUAUUUCUUUUUUUCUAAAUCAUUGAAUGCUCACCAAUUUACUUAAUUUCCUGUAAGAGGAAAAUGUAAAGGGGAUAGGGAGGAGGUGAAGAAAAGGGGGAAAAAAAUUAUAUUGGAUCUCAUCAUCUUGAAUGAACUCGAUUAUCAUUUACUUUUUCCGAA